GCAGCUGAUUCAGUCUCUGAUGUUUCCAGCAAAGUCACAUAAUGGAGACUGCUACAGAUCAGCCUCUGAAGCGCAGCAGUAGCUUUGGAUUACUGCCACCUUUCAUGUCUGAGCUGAGGGUUGUCCUUCUGGGGAACAGCUGCUCUGAGAGGAGUUCAGUGGGGAACUUCAUCCUGGGAGAGAACACGUUCAACUCAGAGGAAGAACCAGAACGUUGUCUAAAAGUCAGUGGACUGAUUAAAGACAAAGAAAUAGUUCUCAUCAACACUCCAGAUCUGCUGCUCUCCAACAUCUCUGAAGAUGAACUCAGAGAACAUGUAGGAACCUGUGUGAGACUCUCUGAUCCUGGACCUCAUGUGUUGCUGCUGGUUCUACAGCCUGAAGACUUCACUGAGGAACACAGACAGAGACUCUGCAGAGUCCUGGAACUCUUCAGUGAUCGAUCAUUUCAUCAUUCACUGGUUCUGAUAACAUCACCCAGAGAGGAGAGAUCAGCUUCCAUUGAAGAACACAUGAAACAUCCACCUUUAGGAGACUUUAUCAGUAAAUGUAGAGCCACAUUGUUGCUGCAGGAGAAACCUGAUCACCAACAGCUGUUAUCAGUCAUAAAAAACGUAGUGAAGGAGAACAAUGGAGACCAUGUGAUAUGUGAUGUGUUCAAAGAUUCAGCAUCUGGUUUACCUGCUGGUCAUCAAACAAGAGCAAACAUGGAUGAAGAACAAAGAGUCAGAGUCCACUCAGAUCCUGUUAAAGGCACCGCACAUCAACUCAGAAUAGUGGUGUUUGGAAGAAGCGAUAACAAAAAAACAAAACUCGGAAACUUCAUUUCUGGAACAAAAGGGUUUCAUAUCCGCAAAAAUUUUGAAGGCAAACGAAUGCAGUGUGUGGCUGCCAGCGGUGACUGGAACAGGAAACCACUAACAGUGGUUAAAACUCCAGAUGUCUUCAGUCUUCCUGUGGAAGCAUUUGUAGAAGAGAUGAAGAACUGUGUGAGUCUCUGUCCUCCUGGACCAAAUGUUCUGCUGCUGUUAGUGAGGCCUUCUGAUUUCACUGAGAAGAACAGAAAAACUCUGAAGUUCAUCCUGAGUUUGUUUGGACAAGAAGUCUUUAAAUAUUCAAUGGUGGUCAUCACACAUGGGGAUGAAAUGGAUGUCUCUGUUAAUGAACUCCUUAUAGACUGUGGAGGGAGACACUACUACAUGUUCAAAGAGGAUCACAACCAGCUGAUGGAGCAGAUUGAGAAGAUUGUUGAUGGAACCAGAGGAAACUUCCUCACCUUCACUGAAGAGACCAUCAAACCAAAGUUAAACCUGGUUCUGUGUGGGAGGAGAGGAGCAGUGAAGACUUCAGCAGUCAAGGCCAUUUUAGGUCAGACAGAGCUUCAUUCAGCCUCCAACUCAUCAGAGUGUGUUCAGAAUCAGGGAGAGGUGUGUGGACGUUGGGUUUCCCUGGUGGAGCUGCCUGCCUUGGAUGGAAAACCUCAGGAGGCAGUGAUGGAGGAAUCAUUGAGGUGUAUCUCCUUCUGUGAUCCUGAGGGCGUCCAUGCCUUCAUCCUGGUCCUACCUGUGGCUCCCCUCACUGAUGAAGACAAGGGAGAGUUAGAGAUCAUCCAGAACACAUUCAGCUCUCGAGUCAAUGACUUCACCAUCAUUCUGUUCACUGUGGAGUCAGAUCCAACUCAUCCAGCUGUUGUUAACUUUGUAGAAGGAGACAGAGACAUCCAGGAGAUCUGUCAACGUUUUGGAGGAAGAUCUUUUGUUCUCAACAUCAACAACAAACAGCAGAUCCCACAACUGUUGGAGACUUUAGUAAAAGUCAGACUCUCCAAUGAUGAACCAUGCUGCUACACAACAGGAACAUUUGCUCAGGCUCAGAUGGAUAAAGUCUUACAACAACAGGAUAAGAUUGAGAAACUGAAAAAGACCAAAGUCUCCUCUGCAGGUGAUGAAGAGAAGCAGAGUCCAGAGCGUCUCAGGAUUGUGUUGAUAGGGAAGACUGGAAAUGGAAAGAGUUCUUCAGGAAACACCAUUCUAGGAAGAAAACAGUUUAAAGCCAAAUCAAGUCAAACAUCAGUCACCAAACAUUGUCAGAAAGCUCAGGGUGAGGUGGACGGUCGUCCUGUUGUUGUAGUGGACACUCCUGGUCUGUUUGACUCAACUUUGUCCCAUGAAGACGUCAAUGAGGAGAUGGUGAAAUGUAUCAGUCUUCUGGCUCCAGGACCACAUGUCUUCCUGUUGGUGUUACAGAUUGGAAGAUUCACACCAGAGGAGAAGGAGACACUGAAACUCAUCAAAGAAGUCUUUGGAAAGAAUUCAGAAAAGUUCACCAUCAUUCUAUUAACUGGAGGAGAUUUGUUGAAACAACAUAAACUGUCCAUUGAAGAAUACAUAGAAACAAAAUGUGAUGAUUCUUUUAAGAAGCUGAUCUCUGACUGUGGAGGAAGAUACCAUGUGUUUAAUAACUAUGAUGAAAACAACCAGCAACAAGUCAGAGAGCUGAUAACAAAGAUUGACACCAUGGUGAAGGAAAAUGGAGGCAGCUGCUUCACCAAUGAGAUGCUGCAAGAGGCUGAAACAGCAAUAAAGAAAGAAAUGGAGAGAAUCCUGAAGGAGAAGGAGGAAGAGAUGAAGAGACAGAGAGAGGAACUAGAAAGGAAAUAUGAGGAAGAAAGGGAAGCCUUAAAAAUACAAAUGGAAGAACAGACAACAGAAGUUGAAAAGGAGAGAAAACUGAGAGAAAAGCAACUGAAGGAAAUGGAGGAAAACAUCAAGGAGGAACGAGAGGAAAGAAAGAAAGAACAAGAGAAGAGAGAAGAAGAAGAAAUGAAAAGAAAACAGCAGGAAGAAAGACAACUAUGGAUGUGGGAACAAGAACGAGAAGCUUUGGAGAAAAAAAUCAAGUUAGAAUCAGAAGAAAAGGAAACAAUUGAUAGAAAACUGGAGGAUAUGAGAAAAGAGAUGGAAGAAAAACGAGAAGAAUGGGAGAAAGAACGAAAAGAAUGGUGGGAGAAACGAUAUCAAGAAAAUGAACAGAGACGACAGGAGGAGAAAAGAAGAAUGGAUGAACUUGAAGAAAAGUACAAGCAGGAAAAAGAAGAAUAUGAAAAGAAACAAAUAGAGGAUCAGAUCAGAAGAAAAGAGCAAGAGGAGAAAGAGAGAAAAGAUUUAGAAGAAAAACACAAACAAACUCUGAAGAAUCUGAAGAAGAAUUAUGAAGAUGAUGCCAGAAAGAAAGCUGAAGAGUUCAAUGGAUUUGAAAAGAAACAUUUGAGGGAAUUAGCAGCUCAGAAAGAAGAGUCUGAGAAACAAAUGUAUGAAUUAAUGAGACGUGUGACCAACAACACAGAAAACCUGAAUAGAAUCAAGUAUUUACUGAGAAACCAUGAACAACAAAUGAAGGAAGAGAAAAAUGAGGCUGAAAAGGAAAAUCUGCAGAAGUCACAGGAGAAAGAGUUGAAUAAUUUGAUCCAAAAGAUUCUGAAACAAAAAGUUGAGAACACAUCAAGCUGCAGCAUUUUAUAAAGUCGUGUUCUUCUUUUGUGAUCAUACACACUGUUUCUCAGUGUGUAUGAUCAUCUCCAGUAGAACAGUUAAAGAAGAACCAGAUGAAUGUUUAGGAACAAGUCAAAGUCCUGACCUUCAUCCAGUAGAAAUGUUGUAGCAUCAGUUGAUGAGAGGAAAUCACCAACAUCUCACACUGACCUGGUUCUGUUCUGAUUAAUGGGAUCAAACUCCUCCAAGCUGCAGACAAACUCACAGAUAUGUGCAUGAUACCUUUAGUUGGACAGUAAGGGUCAUAUUUCAGUUUCAUGUCUUUCACUGGGUUCUCUUUCUCUCCUUUCAGGACUUGUUUGAAAUUCUGAUGAUGUUUUGAGUCAUUUUUAUGCAGAAAUAUAGAAAACAACCUUUAAGCUGCUCUGUAUGUUACAGAUGACUGAUUUCUGCUGUUGGACAAUGUUUUUGUAUUCCAUUACAUCUGGACCAGUUAACGUUACUGUUACUGUUGAACUAAGGAGACGUUGUGUGUUGUUCAGUGUGACUCUUUAAAGGACUCAUGUUCAUUGAAGCUGUGUCUACCUGCUGAUCAAUGAGACCUUGUAGUUUUUACUCUUUGAAACUCUCCAAAUGGAGCUGAUCUUCAUUCUGGAUUUUCUCUCUUCAGGUUUGUUCAAAUCAACAUUUUAUGGUGGAAACAUUUGGGUUGUUUUCUUUCCUGUUUUAUCUCAGACGUGUUAAUGUUCAAAGAGUUGAUGCAGCCAGAUGCUGUUCAUCCUGCAGGAAACCUUCAUCUUCUGUUCUCUUGGAGUCUUUGUUUCUAAAAUCCAAAGACAUGAAUGAAGAGGAAGCAGCAGGACUUCAGCAGGAAGCUCUGGUUUUCUUUACAACAUGACGGAGAAAUGAUGUUUGUGAUUUCAGUGAAAUAAAAUGUUCUGAAGUCACAACAUGAACUGAACUAUGAAACACAUGAACAUCUUUAACCUGAUGUGCAGAUAUCAGACUGUAGAGACAGAACACAUUUUCUUUUUUAUCCUGCUUUGAUUUAUUGAGUCUUCAUUUCUGAUUAUGUAAUGUAGAUGGAUUUCAGUGCAUGUAUUGAUCAUCCAGAUUUUUAUCUUGAUAUUUGAUCCAAAGAAACUUGUAACCAUGAGAUAAACUGUCAGAUGUGUCCUGAUAAAUAGAAUGACAUUAGAAACAUGUAGAACAUCUGUAUUUAGACGUCUUCUCUCCUUAACAUCUCCACAAUCUGUAGCUGAUAAGAACUGAUUUUACAUUCUCAUCCAGUGCAUUAUUUACUAACCAGAGUAUAUGUUGAAUAUCUGACUCAUUUUAUUGGUUCAUUGUGAAAUUAAACAGCCACAGUAUCUGAAUAAAGCAAAGUGAACUGAGAA